ACGUCAUGCUGCGUGCGGGCCGGUGCGGUCGGUCCUGCAAGUCCGCGGGGCCCCACUUAGUUAGCAAAGAGCCGGCGGGGCGCGCGACCCUCGUGCUGGGCCCGGGCCGCACACUUUGCGCACGCCUCCUUCUGCAUGGUGGACAUUAUUUUUCAUUAUCCUUUUCUGGGUGCUAUGGGGGAUCAUCCCAAGAAGAAGCCGGGCACGGCCACGUGCGUGGGCUGCGGGAGUCAGAUCCACGACCAGUUCAUCCUGCGGGUGUCCCCCGACCUCGAGUGGCACGCCGCCUGCCUCAAGUGUGCUGAGUGCAGCCAGUACCUGGACGAGACGUGCACGUGCUUCGUGAGAGACGGGAAGACCUACUGCAAGAGGGACUACGUCAGGCUAUUCGGCAUCAAGUGCGCCAAGUGCCAAGUGGGCUUCAGCAGCAGUGACCUGGUGAUGCGGGCGCGGGACAGCGUGUACCACAUCGAGUGCUUCCGCUGCUCCGUGUGCAGCCGCCAGCUGCUGCCCGGCGACGAGUUCUCGCUGCGGGAACACGAGUUGCUGUGCCGCACCGACCACGGCCUCCUGCUGGAGCGCGCGGCGGCCGGCAGCCCGCACAGCCCCGGCCCGCUCCCCACGCGCGGCCUGCAUCUGUCAGACCCCGGGGCAGGCCGGCAGCCCGCGCUGCGCCCGCACGCGCACAAACAGGCGGAGAAGACGACCCGCGUUCGGACCGUGCUCAACGAGAAGCAGCUGCACACCCUGCGGACCUGCUACGCCGCCAACCCGCGGCCGGACGCGCUCAUGAAGGAGCAGCUGGUGGAAAUGACCGGCCUGAGCCCGCGGGUCAUCCGCGUCUGGUUCCAGAACAAGCGUUGCAAGGACAAGAAGAAAUCCAUUCUGAUGAAGCAGCUGCAGCAGCAGCAGCACAGCGAUAAGACGAGCCUCCAGGGACUGACUGGGACGCCCCUGGUGGCGGGCAGCCCCAUCCGCCACGAGAGCGCCGUGCAGGGCAGCGCGGUGGAGGUACAGACGUACCAGCCGCCGUGGAAAGCGCUCAGCGAGUUCGCGCUGCAGAGUGACCUGGACCAACCCGCCUUCCAGCAGCUGGUCUCCUUCUCCGAGUCUGGCUCCCUGGGCAACUCAUCCGGCAGCGACGUGACCUCCCUGUCUUCACAGCUCCCAGACACGCCCAACAGCAUGGUGCCGAGUCCCGUGGAGACGUGAGGGGACCCCCGGCCCGCGGACCGCGCAUGCUCCCUGCAUGAGACUCGCCCGUGCUCAGGCCCUGUCAGCUGAAAACUCUUGCCUUUGUAAUUGUUAUUAUUAUUACUUAAAGAGAGAGGUCAGAGAAGCGUCAGGACAGCCAAGAGCGCCAGGACGCACCUGCUUUCCACCAGGUCGGAGAGCCCUGCUCUGAAGACUCGUAUUUUUCCAGAACCAGAAUUUGGGAUUUACUAGCGUUAGCUCUGCCCUCUCCUCUCCCUGCGUCCGCGGCCCCGUGGCUCUCGGGGCCGCAGCGCGGACAGGACGCGACAACCCAGAGGAACAGACCUCAAGCCCCCAAAGCGCAUGAAUACCGGAAAAAGUAGAAAUGAGACUUACCUUGAAAAUGCUUAAAUUAUCAGUCGACGGAUGACAGAGCGUGUGAGCCUUUGCCGAACAAAACGGUGGGCACCAGCACACCCUUUCAACAGGUACGUCUGCAUAUCGGGCAGGAUACAGGACAGCACCGGAGUGGAGCUCUCCCUUCCGUUUUGUCACUACACUACUGCCUACUAGGCACGUCUGUGCCAGGGAGCAAAACCUCACUGACUUUAUGGUGAAACAGCUGGAAGAAAAUGUAAGACUUUCAGCACAUAACGGUCUCCAAUGACAGGGGAAAAGCAUGGGAUCAGCUCUUAGCAAACAUUAAAGAACAGCCAGCUUGAUUUUCCCACUGCCUGUUGACCAAAUUAGUUCAGAUGAGGAAAUACUGCCCUGCCUCACUACUGCGCCAAUUCUGACUCCAGUCCUACAGACUUGUACUGAUCAGAACAGGGAAGGCCACACUUAAAGUUUUACAUUUCUAUAAAAGCAAUAUAACAGGUUUUUAUUAUACACACACAGAUCUGUGUAUACAUAUACGAAGAACACUUAUUUAAACGUUCAUAAAUAAACUGAAGUUU